AUGUUACUCUCCAAGGACGAUCGACUUCAUUACACCUACGACUCAGAACAUGUACAGGUUGAACCAUGGGGUCCAAAUGCUCUCCGGGUGCGUGCCACGAGGUUCCACACUCUGCCGCCAGAGAACUGGGCUCUGACCAUCACGCCACCAAGGACAGAUGUCUCUAUCUCGGUUCCUGGCGACCACGCAUCCAUCACGAACGGCAACAUCACGGCGACAAUCUCCAAGGCCGGAAAGAUAAUCAUCACGAAUGCCAAGGGCGAGCGGCUUCUGGAAGAGUAUCACCGCAACCGUGCCGAUGUCGAGGAUCCAAAGUGCAGUGCCUUGAUGGUUGAAGCACGAGAGUUCAAGCCGUUGCUUGGGGGCGACUACCACUUGACGUAUCGACUUGAGUCCAUUGACCGCAAAGAGAAGAUCUACGGCAUGGGCCAGUACCAACAGCCGUUCCUCGACCUCAAAGGCUCCGACCUAGAGAUGGCCCAGCGCAACUCCCAAGCAAGCGUUCCAUUCAUGCUGUCGAAUCUCGGAUAUGGUAUGCUCUGGAACAAUCCUGCCGUUGGCCGAGCCGUCCUAGGAAAGAACACGAUGAGCUUCGAGGCGUAUUCGACAAGGGUCCUCGACUAUUGGAUCGUUGCUUGCGACACGCCAGCCCAGAUCAUUGAAUCAUACGCCGAUGUCACAGGCAAAGUUCCAAUGAUGCCGGAGUACGGUCUUGGUUUUUGGCAGUGCAAGUUGAGAUAUCAGACUCAAGAAGAGCUCCUGGAUGUUGCGCGAGAGUACAAGAAGCGGGGAUUGCCCUUGGAUGUGAUUGUGGUGGACUUCUUCCAUUGGCCAAAGCAAGGCGAAUGGAAGUUUGACCCGACGUAUUGGAAAGAUCCCGACGCCAUGAUCAAGGAACUCCAAUCAAUGGAUGUCCAACUCCUCGUUUCGAUCUGGCCCACCGUCGACAAACGCUCGGAAAACUACGACUUCAUGCUGGAGCAGGGCAUGUUGAUCAGACAGGACCGUGGACUGCGCAUAUCUAUGGAUUUCCAGGGCGAGACAGUCCAUGCUGACUUUACCAAUCCCGCCACUCGAGAGUUUGUAUGGCGCACGGCGAAAAAGAAUUACUACGACAAGGGAGUUAAGAUGUUCUGGCUCGAUGAAGCGGAACCGGAGUACAACGUAUAUGACUUUGACAUUUACCGAUAUCACAGUGGGAGUGUGUUGAGCUCCGGAAAUGCUUAUCCAGUGGAGUACGCGAGGACUUUCUUUGAAGGGAUGAGGCAAGAUGGGAAGCAACAGGAGAUCUGCAACCUCAUCCGCUGUGCGUGGGCUGGAAGCCAGAAGUUUGGCACUUUGCUGUGGAGCGGUGACAUUGCGAGCAGUUGGGAGAGCUUUCGGGAUCAAUUCGCGGCUGGAUUAAAUGUUGGAAUUGCCGGUAUUCCUUGGUGGACGACAGAUAUCGGCGGAUUUCACGGCGGCAACCCCCAGCAUGCCGACUUUCGCGAGCUCUGCACGAGAUGGUUCCAAUACGGCUGCUUUUGCCCUGUCUUCCGCCUUCAUGGUGACCGCGAGCCCAAGCAACCUCAACACGGCACGACUGGAGGCGCGACAUGUCUCUCUGGUGCACCUAAUGAGAUCUGGUGCUAUGGCGAAGAGUGCUACGAGAUCAUGAAGAAAUACCUUUUCCUGCGCGAGAAACUUCGGCCAUAUAUCCGUGGCCUCAUGACCGAAGCGCAUGAAAAAGGCACACCUGUCAUACGGCCACUAUUCUUGGAAUUUCCCCAGGAUAAAGAGUGUUGGGAAGUGGAGGACCAGUACAUGUUUGGCGGCAAAUAUCUUGUCGCACCGGUCAUGUAUAAGGGCAUCACUAAGAGAAAGGUCUAUCUGCCGAAAGGUGCAAAGUGGAAGAGGUUUGAUGACGGCCAAGUUCGAAAUCCGGACGUCCUCGAAGGAGGCGUGGUUACCGUGGUGGAUUGUCCCUUGGCUGUGAUGCCUGUUUUUGAGAGAAUGGAUGCGGAGUAA